AUGGCCCACGGGGAGCUGGACGAGGAGGCCCUGCAGGACCUGUACAGCUGGGUGGACGCCAUCCCUCUCUCUCGCCCCAAGAGGAACAUCGCCCGCGACUUCAGCGAUGGAGUCCUGGCUGCGGAAGUGGUGAAAUUUUACUUCCCUAAAAUGGUCGAAAUGCACAAUUACGUCCCGGCUAAUUCUACCCAGCAGAAACUGUCAAACUGGGGACAUCUGAACAGGAAAGUGCUGAACAAGCUGAACUUCUCCAUCCCAGAAGAUGUGAUCCGGAAGAUCGCUCAGUGCUCACCUGGAGUGGUGGAGCUGGUCCUGAUCCCUCUGCGGCAGAAGAUAGAGGAAAAGCAGAAGCAAGCCAAGGUGUCAUCCAGCUCUUACCAGGAGCUGGGAAUGCGUUCGACGCUGGAAGAGAGCAACUAUCUGGACACAGGCUAUUCUUCAAAGCCCAAAACAGACUCCACUGGGCCCUACAACCAGGACUCCCCUGGAUCUGAAAAGGGGACCAAAGGACAGGCCAUGCAAACCGAUUCCACCUUGCGCCUCCAGUUAGCUGAACGCGAACAAGCCCUGCUGGCAUGCCAGGAGACUGUGCAGAUCCUGCAGCUGAAGAUUCGCAGGCUGGAGCACCUCGUGCACCUGAAGAAUGUUCGCAUCGAUAACCUCUCUCGGAAAAUGCAGCAAAUGGAGCGGAAGUGA